CAUAAUCUCAAGUCCUGAGAGACUUCUGGAUCUUUUACUAUUGCAAACACCACCACCACCACCACCACCACCACAACCACAACCACAACAGCGCACCAUGAAUACUGCCACUGCUACUAAUGAUGAAGGUAACAGUACUACCGAGUCUCGUCUUCUGUUUGCUGACGAUUUGAUUUGGAUUGGCCAGAUUCUACCGUUUGUUGGAGUUGGACACUACGCUUUCGUGGGGGCUGUGAACAAGAAGAUGAACAUGGUGUACAAAGAGUACUGCAAGAUUGAGCUCGAGAAAAAUCCAAGAAAGGUAAAAGAUAACCCGGAAAUUGCCAGUCGCUCUGCAGAAAUCACUGAUACUCUUUACAGCCAAACAUUCUGUAACAAGCUCCGCGCAGAAUACUGGCUCAAGGACAAUUCCAGCAACAGAACACCUGAUCGUGAUCAUGUUUGCAAUGCAAUUGCCAAUGUUGGAAAUCCGACUGUCAUGCUGUGGGCACGGCAAAAACGAUUCCCAUGGAGUGAGCUGACAUGUGCUUUGGCUGCUAAGAAUGGACAUUUUGAAAUGCGUUUCCAAUGGUUAAGAGAGAACGGUUGUCCAUGGGAUGGACAGACAUGUGCCUCUGCUGCCCGAAAUGGUCAUUUGAAACUUUUGAGGUGGGCUCGUGAAAAAGGUUGUCCUUGGGAUGCACGGACAUGUACCUUUGCUGCUGGUUUUGGCCACAUGGCAGUCUUAAAGUGGGCUCAUGCGAAUGGUUGUUCAUGGAGUGUGCUGACAUGUGCUUUGGCUGCUGAAUAUGGACUUCUGGGAAUGCUCCAAUGGUUAAGAGAGAAUGGUUGCCCAUGGGAUGAACGGACAUGUGCCUCUGCUGCCCGAUAUGGUCACAUGAAACUUUUGAGGUGGGCUCGUGACAAUGGUUGUCCUUGGAAUGAAUGGACAUGUACCUGUGCUGCUCGAAAUGGACAUUUGGAAAUUUUAAAAUGGGCUCGUGAAAAUGGUUGCCCAUGGGAUGAGGUAUUGACAUUUCCAGCUGCGAUAGGAAGCAACAAUAGCGAAGUGAUCCAGUGGCUACGUGACAAUGACUGCCCUGGGUCUCGUGAUGAAGGGGACUACUAGUAUAUCAACAUCAUUUAUGUUAAGGUCACAAUUUGACUGAUUCAAUCAAAAGUAGACAAUGCCAAUGUGUUCCCUCCCAGCAGCCCAUCCCGAACUGCCACCAACCAUCACUGGUGAUUGCAGAGUCAAAUUUACUGAAUCAUUAACUACAGAACAGAACAUGAAACAGAAUUGGGAGUAACCAUUCAAGCCAAGCAUGGAGAAAUCCUCUGCCAACCGAGGACUCUUGCUGUUCACAUAGCUGGCUACUGGCUAGGGUGGGGCACAAUCUCGACCAUUCAGUAACACUAUAAUGUAUCUUUGCUGGUUGCUGAGGAAGUCUUGAAGCCAAAACCCAUUCAACUUCUUGACCAGAUUAAGGUUCUGCACAAAAUCAAAAUAAUCCAUGUAUCAUAGCUAGCUGAUUGAGUUUUUUGUUGACAGCUCCCACACAGGCAUCCUGCCCCAUUCCCAGAAAUUGGAGAAUCGAAUCGAAUCAUGUUCAUCCACA